AUAUUUGCUGUCAUAUUACUGGUCUUUCGUUCUCGUCGUCUCCACCAAGUCUCUACACACAGUUGUCGGCAGACUUGAUUCCAGUAGUCAUUAAGAUGCCUUUCAUCGACGUACAGAGUAAUUUACCAGCCAGCUCAUUCUCUGAGGACUUUCUGAAGAAGCUGUGCUCCAGCGCCGCCGCUGCUCUGGGAAAACCCGAGGACAGGAUGAACGUGGUGGUGAAGCCUGGAUUGCCAAUGCUGAUAGCUGGCUCUUGCUCUCCGUGUGUGAUGCUGUCAGUGUCUGCAAUUGGUGUGACUGACACUGCUGACAAGAACAAGGAGCACAGUGCCAAGAUCUUUGAGUUUCUGACCAGAGAACUUGGUCUGACUGAAGAAAGGAUUGUUAUUCAGUUCCAUGCACUGCAGCCUCACCAGGUUGGGAAGAAGGGAACCGUCAUGAGCUUCUUGUGAAGGAUGCAUCCCACAAUCUCAUUCCUAAAAGAAGAAGACAGAUUAGAUCAGCAUUAAUCACACACUGAAGUAGAUCGAUAGUCAUUUUAAGGCCACUUACUGUAUUUUCAUGUCACAUCCAGGUGCACUGUCUGAACCAUGUUUUACACAUCUGUAGUUGUUCCUAAAACUGUAAAACAUGAUGUUUAAUGUUUUAUUUUUAAUGAUUAAAAGACCUGUGACUGUUAGCAUCCUGAAAUCACUUGUAAUACAUACUAUUGAAGGCCAUAGUAGAAGCAUAUGUAAUAAAAGAAAUUGACUUUAAAUCUCAGAACUUUGUCAUGUGGCCUUAUCCUUUUCUGUACAGAGGACUGCAAUUAAAUAUGUUUUCACUAAAGAAAUGGAUGAGAUGAA